CAUGAUUGGUUAACAAAUAUUAAUACGCGUAAUCUAAUCGGUCACUGGAUGGAUCCAGCUGACCAAUAAUUGUUAAUUAGUUCACUGAUUAUUUAAAGAUACUAAAAUAACAAUAUAUGUUCCAAACAAUCAACGGAGGUUUGCUAAAUAUUAAUUGCUGCUGUUAAUUGGGAUGUUCUCAUAAUUACUGGUGCUUUUGGGACCCGAUAUCUGCCGAUAUGUCCACCAUAGUGAAUACUCAGAAUAGUCGAAGAACCACAUCCAAAGGAAGACAACCUGCAACAAAUGUCAGAAAUCCUGCAAAUAUUAAGAGAAGUUCAUUAGAUAAAACUGCUGUUCCUGAAGGUGUUUAUGGAGAUGCUCGUUUUACUCAUGUUGUUUACACCCUAGUGGGGAUGAAUGUACAAGUACAAGUUAAAAAUGGAACAGUUUAUGAAGGAAUAUUUAAAACCAUCUCACCACAGAUGGAUAUUGUAAUAGAAUUAGCCCAUAAAGUGGAAGAAAAUGGCAAUAAUUGCCAAAAUGCUGUUCCUAGCUGUCCUACAAGAGACAUGAUCAUCGAUAAACUUAUUUUUAAGAAAGACGAUGUAAUGACAGUCACAUGUUUGGGUGUUGAUUUAGAUUAUGCUGUCAAAGAUACUUUUACGGAUUCAGCUAUUACUCGUGGUAAUAAUGGUCAAGCAUUUGAUAUGGAACUACAGCCAUGGGAUGGUGAAGAUGGAGAUGAAUUAGGCUUAGAAGAAGGGGAUUCAGCAAAUGGCUGGGAUCCAAAUGAAAUGUUUAAAACCAAUCAAGAACAAUUCUGUGUCAAGUCUUCGUACGAUGAAAAUUUACACCAGUAUACAACUGUUUUAAAUAAAGAAGACACCAAAGAAUUCCGAAAGCGGGAAGAAGAAGCUAAACGAAUCGCGAGAGAUAUAGAAAAAAGUGACGAUUACAGACGCCAUAUUGAUUUAGAAAAUGGAGAUGAUGAAGAAGCUUUGUUCAGUGCUGUACAUCGAGGUGGUUCACAGUCUGGUGAUAAAAAAUAUGUUCCUCCUCAAAAGCGGAACGUUAGGGGAAGAGGAAACAAUGGAGUUGAUAACUAUUCUUCACAUAAUAAAAAUCGACAGCCUGUACAACAACCGCAGCAUCAACCCAUGCCACCAUCUAUCCCCCAACAACAGCAGUCUAUCCCCCCUCAGCAACAAUCUGUUCCCCCUCAACAACAACAACCUAUUCCCCCUCAACAGCAACCAUCUCCUCUACAAGGAGAAACACCCCAUGUACAAUCUCCUGUAUCAACUGGUGUGCCAUCUUUUAAGGAUGACGGUAUACAUAAAAUAAAUGGAGAUGAAGAUAGCACGGCUCAUGGUAUACCUAUAGCAAAAACUAGUCAAAGUCAAAAUGAGACCUUUGCUGUCUUUGUGAAUUAA